AUGUUCAUAAGAUGGUCUAAAUUGCUAUGGAAUAAAUUGUAAAUUAAUUUUGGAUAUUAAAAUAUAUUUUACUGUUCUGUUCGCAGUUCAUUUAGUUUUUAUCCUCAUUUUAAAAGAAAUUUUGUUUAUUUUUUAAUAUUUUUUACAAAUUUAACAUUUUUUCUUUUACUUAAUUUAGCUUGAUUUUAUGUUAGCUUUGUAUUGUUAUUCGUCACGUGGUUGGUUUGUAUGAUGCUAACUUUUGUGCACUACAUACUAUUUAUUCAUAUAUUUUAGCUAAAAUUUUUUAUUUUAGGUUUUUUACGUCUAAAUCAUAUCAAACUCGCCAACUGUCAACGUUUUCUUAUUUUUAUCGACUGAUAUUCGGGAAACGGUCGAUAGAAGCUGCUCAAGACACCAAAUCGACCGGAGUUUUAAAAGAAUUGAAAGAAGAGACUACAAUGAACACGACUAAAGUUAUGUCUGCUAUUAAACAGGUAAAUUUUGCUGUUUUUAUUCGAUUUUUAGGUUCUUCAUCAAUUUGGAAUUGAAAAUGGUUUUUUGCAAAAAAUUAAUGUUUUUGGAAGAAAAUAAAUAUUAAUGAGUGUUAACAGAAAUAAUGUGGAUUUUUAUAGCUGUCUUCAACUCCCCGCAAGCCAAUGAUAAACUUUUUGCAUAAUUCUCGGCCACAGGUCCAAAAGUAUGAUCCAAACCGUAAACCACAACUUCGUGCUGCUGGAGGUGGAAUUGUAAUUGAUGAACUGGAACUGCCAUUGAGGUUAAGAAGAAGGCCAAUGUCACAGGAAGAAAUGGACUGUAUCAAUGUGAGUUUUCGACUACUGGCCAAAUAGAUUUUUGUUUUUUCUCAAGGUUUUUGCCAAUUUUCUUAAUGUUUCGGCAUAAAAACAGCUGUUCUUUAAGUUUUUAUAAAAAUUAUAAGAAACAUAUGAGUUUGAGAUCAUAUCUCAGGGAUAAUUUUAUGUUUUGGAUGGGAAUAACGGUUUUUUACGAAUUAGAAGUUAAAAAGUUGCCAUUGGCAACCGAAAAAUAACAACCUUUUGGGGAAAUGUAGUUGAACAUUUAAGGCCAAAGAUCUUUUUAUAAUGUCAAGUGGGAUUGGGAAAGGGCAUUUUAGGAAGGAAACAGUAUGGCUUUGGACAGGAUAUUUAAAACCUUAUUUCAGAAAUAAAUAUUUUUUCUUGGGUUUGGUUUGAAAAUAACUUUUUAUUACCUAAAAAGGCAUUAUAUGUAAAAGAAUACGUCGUAUGUCGAUAAAAAAUGAUUUAGCUAUAUAUUUUAUUAUACUCUUUACAUUUUAAAAGCUUUCUCUUUAAAUUUAUUAUUUAUUUUUGCAGAAUUUUUGUUUUUAUAUUAUAAAUUGUACUUUUAGACUGGCGGCCUUCGACCAAACGAAAUUUAA